AGCAUAGGCAACUAUUUUGCUGUUCAAGCUUUUAGCUGCGCAGUUUAAUUUAGGCUCGAGUUAGUUGCCUUUUUUCACGGCAGCUUUGGCCCUGUAGUUGCAAGCAUCAGGUGUCAUCCUCUACUAACGGACAUCGUAGAGGCCACAAAGUUGACUGCACGCUACCCUACAGCCGGCGGCGGCAGACAUCGCGACGGCUCCCAGCGCGACACUAUCAUGGCACUAACAGCGUGAAGCCCUCAGAAUCUUUUAGCGGUAUAACUUUGAUUGUGUUGUGCAACGUAGCUUAAGACUACGGUUCCUAACCAGCGAGCACAACUCCAAACCCCAACUCCUUCCAGCAAUCCCGUCACCCUGGAAGCCCCGCUGGGCAUCUAGCAAACCAAGCAGCACCGUCCUGGGAGUACAUUAAUUCGCAUAAUGUUUAAUAGCCGCGGACGCGGUGGCAGUCGCGGUCGCGGAGGCGGUGGGCGCGGUGGCGGUGGACGCGGCCAUGGCCAUGGUCGCGGCAGAGGUCGCAGUCCCUCCUUUGGUCGAGGACCCUCCCUUCCUUCUUCCCUGCUAAUGGAGCUCGGUGGUGAUUCCGCUGGCGGCGCCGGUGGUGGAGGAGGGUACGGCGGUGGGUACGGCGGUGGGUACGGCAACCGUGGUCGUGGCGGUUUCAGAGGGCGUGGCAGGGGCGCCGAAGGCCGGUUCGAUCGUGGUGGCGCCGGCGGCGGCAGUAGCGGCGGCGGUUUCAAGAGGAGGGCGGAUGCAGCGGGCAGCGCAGACGCAAAGCGCCCUGCCAAGCGCCAAGCCACUGGACCCGCGGCCCCUGCUGCUUCGGGUGCCGCCGCCGCUGCUAGGAAUGACCGCAACGGCAGCGAGGCCGGCAGGCGACCCGCAGGCGGGAACGGAGGUGGCAAGGAGGAGGGCAGUAGGAGGGGCAAUGGACCGGCGGUAGGAGCAGCAGGAGGGGGGCUGUCUAGGACUCUAGAAGCCAUGCGGCAGCGACAGGCAACAGCUGGCGGUGGCGGAAGGAUGGGGGCGACGGCAGCAGCAGCAGCAGGCUCGGCUAAGGGCGUCAGCUCCAAGACCAAGUUCCAUGAGUUGUUGGUUGACGGUUGGGAGAGCCGCAACGGCAAGGAGGCCUUUCUGGAGGAGCUGCGGUUGCAGGCCCGCCUAGCAAAGCGACUCGGCAAGUCCAAGAAGGACGCGCUGGACGGCAUGGAUCGCCUGCUGGGGCAGCUCUCCGCCGGCUCCUCCUCGCUGCUACCGCAGUUCCUGUCCGACCCGGGGGACCGGGCGGAGGCAGCGGCGCUGCUGUCCAAGGCAGCCCCCGGAUCGUCCUCCGAGACAGCGAAGGGCGGCGAGGCGGGAGGCAAGGGGGGUAAGGGGGGUAAAGGAGCGAAGGUGGUGACGUCGUCGGCGGCAGCGGCGAUGCGAGCCGCGGAGGAGUUGUUGGAGCAGGAAUCGGAUGAGGAGUUGGAGUUUCUGGGGAUCGAUCCUGGGACUCGGGACAUGCAGAGCGAUGAUGAGGAGGGAGAGGAGCAUGGUGUGCUGGACAGCGACGACGAUGACGAUGAGGAGGGGGAGGGGGAGAGCGAAGAUGAGGAUGAGGAUGAUGAAGAAGAGGAGGAUGAGGAGGACGAUGGCUACGACAUGUUGGGUCACAUGUUUGGAGCCGACAGCGAGGACGAGGGCGAGGACGAGGGCGAAGAUGAGGAGGAGGAGGAGGACGAAAAGGAGGAGGAAGCUGCAGCAAUGCAGCAGCAGCAGCGGAAGCGGCGCCGGCAGCAGGAACAGCAGCAGUCGGGCAGCGACGAGGGCAGUGAGGGCGAGGAAGAGGAGGAGGAGGACCCUAGCGGCGAUGAGGACGAGGAGGGGGAGCAGCAGGAGGACUCUGGCGAUGAAGCGGGUUUGCUGGGAAGCAGUUUCGGCAGCAGCGGCGAGGAGGAGGACGAGGAGGGUGAGGACGAGGAGGAGGAGGGUGAAGAGGACGAGGAGGAGGACGGCGACCAUAAGGGGGCAGCACCCGCAGCGGGGGCAGCCGCUGCGCCGGCUGGGCGUUAUGUCCCGCCGGCGUUGCGUGCACAGAUGGCGGCAGCAGCGGCAGCGGGCGGAGCAGCAGGAGGAGGUGUUGCCGGCGGGGCGGUGGACCCUGCGAGGGCUCAAGUGGAGCGGCGGGUGACGGGCCUGGUCAACAGGCUUGCCGAGGCCAACCUGCAGCCCAUAUCGCGGGAGGUGGCGGAGCUCUACCGCAGCCAGGGCCGGCGCCUGGUGUCGGAAGCAGUCGCGACUCAGAUCCUGGGGGCUGCCGAGUCGGGCCCCCGCGCGUCCGAGCAGUUUGCUGCCGUGGCUGCCGCCUUCGUUGCGGCGGUGGCGGCGCAGGCGGAGGCUCAGGACCUGGCGGCGGGCUUCCUGGCGAGCCUGGCGGAGAGGCUGGAGGCGGCGAGGAGCAGCGGGGACAGUCUGGCCCAGGCCAACCUAGUGACGCUGCUGGCCUACUGCUACAGCGCGGGACUGGUGGGUCCGGGCCUGUGCUACAGCCUGCUGGCCACACUGAAGGAGCGGUUCCAAGAGGCGGACGUGUCGGGCAUGGUGACACUGCUGAAUGCGGUGGGGUUGCAGCUGCGCAAUGCCGACCCGGCGCUGAUGAAGGAGUUCGUGCUGGGGGUGCACGAGCGGGCGGCUCAGCUGGGGAAAGACGGUCAACUCAGUCGUCGCGCGCAGCUCAUGCUAGAGCUAAUCAUUGACAUCAAAAACAACAAGACCUCCGCCGCUGGCGGCGCCGCUGCGGUCGUCGUAUCCCUGGGCGGUACGGCAGUUAAGAAGAGCAAGGCGGCCGCUGCAGCAACGGCCGGUAACGGCGCCGGCGGAAGCGGCCGCCGCGGCGGCGCACUUGCCGUACUCCAGCCUUCGGUUGCCAAGUGGUUGAAUCAGUUGGGAGUUGAUGAGGUGUGCCUGAGAGGCCUUACAUGGCCCAAGCUGCUCGUUCCUAAGAAGAAAGGAAUGUGGUGGAUGCCGGCGGCCGGGGAGGCCCUGGACGACCCCCUCCUCCUCGCCACGUACGGCAAUGCAAACUCUGGCGGCGGCAGCGGCAGUGCUGACGGCGCCGCCGUCAGUACGGCAGCAGCCGCGGCGGCUGCCGGCGCCGCCGGCGCUGCUGCCGCCAAUACGGCAAAGCUCUUGCAGUUGGCGGCGGCGCAGCGCAUGAAUACGGAUGUACGACGUGCCGUAUUUGUGGCGAUCAUGGGAUCAGAGGACUGCGCUGAGGCCCAUGAGAAGCUGCUCAGGUUGCCCCUCAAGGGCGACCAGCGUCGUGAGAUCGUGCGGGUGCUGGUGGACUGCUGUCUGGGCGAGAAGGCCUGGAACCCCUACUACGCCUUCCUGGCGAUCAAGCUGUGCGGCGGUAGCGCCGAGGGGGCUGGCGGUGGAAGCGGAAGCGGCGGGUCGGUGGGUCGCGCCCACCGCGUCACCCUGCAGUACUGCCUGUGGGACAAGCUCAAGGAAACGGAGCCCAUGGAAGUACGGCAGCUGACUCACCUGGCGAAGCUGACGGCGGUGCUGGUGGCUCGCUUCACCCUCAGCCUCUCGCUGCUCAAAGUGGUUGACUGGUCGGACCUCACCGCUAAGCAGGUCUUCCUCUGGCGGGUGUUCCUGCAGCACCUUCUGGCGAGCUGCAAGAGCGCGGGGGAUGUCAAGGAAGUGUUUGGACGCGUGGCGGCUCAGCCCAAGAAUCUGUCCCCGCUUAUCUCCGGCCUGCUGCUCUUCCUACGCACCUCUUUCGCCCCAUGGGUCGCUACGCGGACCGAGCCGGGUCCCGAAUCGGACGAGCUGUUGCGGCGCACUCGGGUAGCUGAGAAGGAGCUGGCGGCCGGGGCGUCGGCUGCAGCUGCCGUACUAAUUUAGGCUUUUUUGCCAUUUUGCAUUCAGUUAUAUAGUCAUUGCUGCUGUUACUUACGUAAGCUCUGCGGGGUUUCCGUCUUAAGUACUGGAGGAGGGCGGCAGGGCGCUGGGCACAUCGGCAGCAUGUGAAGUACUUGUUCAGGCAUGCCGUACAAUGCUACUGCCUUCAAGUUAGGCCUGCGGUCGUACAACGGUGCUACUAUUCCUGGAUUAUCAAGCAAGCGCUGCGAACGCGAAAGAACGCAUGGCGGCGGAAGAGUAGCCAGCGGGGGAGGCUUAGGUUACUGGUUUUAAGUUGGGGGUGUGGGUAUUGGCGGCGGCAGCUGCCGUACAGAUUUAGAAUCGGUGUUACAUUGGUACGGUGCAUGGAGCGUUAGCUGCGCCCUUGGGAGUAAUAUUACCGUGCUACGUUACCGCAUAGCACGCGCAGGGGUAGGCUGGCUGCCAAGGAGAGGGUAGCCACGCCGCCGGCAAGGCAGAGAAGAUGGUGGCAGCGGAGCUAGGUGGACAGGUAUGGGCUUCUCAGGUGGAAGCCCAUGUUGUUUUUGGGUGUAUUGGUCGCGGAAGGUUAUGGAUGUAAGAUUGGCGAAUGGCACGGAAAGCAUAUAGC